UGUACGGCCAGUGAAAUGUCACUGAGCCCCAACCAAAUAACUAGGCAUUUGAGUCACUGAAUAUUGAACAAAUCAUCGAUCCCCGUAAAGGUCAAGGACGACCAACACGCAUCAGGUAAUCGUACGCCAUGGACUGGCCCAUGCGGCGGUGGUCUUACUUUCACUUGUAUCUACUUUAACUAAGAUAUUUCAGUAAUAAUGUCCAUUGUGUUGUACAGUCUUCAAAGCAUUUAUAGUACCUCGAUACGUCGAUGGGGUAAUCCACGUAAGGUGCUGACCGCGAGGUGUGACUUCGACGUUAGCUGGUUCGUCACACAAUUCCCGUCUAACUCUAAUAAGCCUCCAGUCAUUCGAGAUAGAUCAUCUACACUGGUGAUUUACACAGGCGAGUAUAAAGGCGAGGAAUCAACAAAAUGACCUUUGCACACAGAUUUUAACACUAAGUCAGCAAUUCUGUGAACACGUUACCCGAAGCAGUAGUGCCUGCACCUUUAAUUGACUCAUCCAAGAGAAGAACAGACACUCAUAGAGUCACGCUAGAAAAGAAGUAACAUGGGAAAUAGGCGUUUUGUUCUUACUACACAAAUCUGAACCGAAAUAUGAAUCUGAACGCUUGAUUAAAUCGAGUUGUCUCACUUGCCUUCUCCGACCCGCUUCGCUCUCCCCUCUUCGUCAUGAAUACAUAAAAUCCAAUUAUUUAAUCCCGUUAUUCUCUAACGUGGAUUAUGUCGAUAAAUAUAUACGGAGGUAGGUGGGAUUUUUAUUUCUAUAACAACCAGUAUACAAUCCAACUGGAAUCAAACAUAGAGCUUCUAGACAGUUAAAUGGCUUGCUCACACACACUGGACGACAUGAUUUUCCUGAAUCUAUGUCAGUGCAUCAAGUAUCUAGAACAAAGAAUUAAUUAAAUUAUGUAAAUUCGUCUUGACGAUAUUGGAUGUCGUACGAAGACAAUUUAAACCUUCCGCCCUAUUCAGGUUUAGGGUCAUCAAAUGUGCUUUUAUGGCUGUGUUUGUGUUGUCCCAGAUGCUGUUUAAUGUGCUAGUGGAAGUGAAUAUUGUUAUUCUCCAUACACGAAGGCAUUAAACCAAACGAUAGAAAAAUCAUACUAGAAAAUUUGUUCCAUAUGUUCCUACUUUGAAGCAAUUCCCUUCAGAAUAAUUACUAUAUAACUAUGGAGUGCUUCUGUCACUGUUUUGUCUGGAUACCAUUUUUUAUUUUGCUCCAAGGGAUUUGUGAGGCUUAUACACAACAAAAAUUACUUGUAAUAUCUUUAGAUGGUUUCAGUCAUAAUUAUCUAGAUCGUGCUAAGCUUCGGAAUGUCAACAUUUCCUCUUUUGAACGGAUUUGGAAGACCGGAAUACGUGUUAUGAAAGUACAUAAUGAGUUUAUUACUCGAACAGGACCAAAUCACUUAUCACUGGUCACUGGGAUGCAUGAAGAGAGUCAUGGUAUUGUUGAUAAUGUGUUUUAUGAUCCUGAGCUUAAUGAUACUUUCGACUUGAGUAAUAAGAGGCAUUUAUCACAAUUAAAGUGGUUUGAUGUUGGGUCUGAACCAAUUUGGGUUACAAAUCAACGUCAUGGUCAUAAAAGUGCUGUUACGUUUUGGCCAGGGAGUAGUACACCAUUCAAAGGACAAUUACCUAGUUUUUAUUAUUCCCAAUAUAACCAUCAACUUCCUUUAGUUGAUCGAAUUAAUCAAACCAUUAAGUGGUUAAAUUUAGAUGAAGUGACACUUGGUCUAAUAUAUUUUCAUGAACCUGACUCACAGGGUCAUUUGACCGGACCUGAUUCUGUUGAAAUUUUUAAUGUUAUCGAGAAGUUAAAUGAUGAUAUUGGGUACUUACUAUCUUUAAUUGAUACUAGGCCAUCUCUAAAGUCAUCACUUAACAUUAUUUUAACAAGUGAUCAUGGGAUGUCUGGAGUGGAUGCUAACAGAAUAAUUAUUCUGCAUGAUUAUAUCAACGAGAGCAUGUAUUAUAGUCCGGGGUCAGAGGAUCGUGUGUUUUGGUCAUUAUGGCCAAAAGAUGGGAGCUCAUCUAUUAAUCUCUACAAAAGACUGGUCGGAAAACAUCCAAAGAUGAAUGUUUUUCUGAAGGAUAAUAUACCUAUUCGUUUACACUACUCGAAUAAUCGACGAAUAAGCCCAGUGGUAGUUUAUUCGGAGCCUGGGUGGACAAUCGUUAGAUCACGAAAAUCGGUUGCGAAAUUUACUAAACGUGGAGAUCAUGGUUAUGAUCCGGACCAUGAUGAAAUGUCUCCAUUCUUUCUAGCUACGGGACCAGGUUUCAGGAGCACGAUUGUUGGUGGCGGUCAAAUAAUUAGUUCUAUUCAUCUGAUUGAUAUUUAUCCACUGAUGUGUGCCUUACUCAAUUUAAAUAAACCAGCUCCAAACAAUGGUAGUUUAUCACGUGUGAUGUCACUCCUUCAUGAUGGUAGUGGUGUUAAUGUCUACUUCUCGAGUUUUCUGGAUAUGUUCACUGUCGGAAUUGUUUUAUUAUGUUGUACAACCGUAUCAAUUGUAUACAUAAUAUGCACAUGUAUUUCAUCUAAAGAUUAUCUAUUUCCUGAUGAUAAUAAUAAUAAUAAGUUAAAACAUUCUAUUUAUCAACCAAAUUCAUUUCUAAUUCAACGACGUUUACGUAAUAAAUCUCAACAUGAUAAACAAAAACAACAAUAUUGUAAUAUUGAAUUAAAUAAGAUGAACACUUUAAAAAAUAAAAUAAAAACAAAAAAUAAAUUCUAUGAAAUAUAUUUAAAAGAUGAAUCAAUUAAACAAACAACAGAUAGACAACGAUUACUUGAUUAUAAUAUACGGGAUAGUAAUGUUCCCAAUAGUUACAAUGUCAGUCGUUAUGAUGAUGAUGAUGAUGAUGAAUAUGAAGAAUAUAAUCGAUUUUCUAUUCAACAUAUAGAUGAUGAAACUUUUUUAAAUUUACUUCGUCAACCAAAUAGUAAAUAUCCUUAAGAAUGCUUAAAAUUUUUCUUCUAGUAAUCUAUUAAUGGCUUAUUCUUUCAGUCUCUUACGCUGUUUCUACAUGAUGUGAUAUUGAAAUUUGUGAUAUAUAUGACCAUAGUGAUUUAGGUGCAUUAUGAUUUGAAAUUUAUAUAGAUGGCUGUGUUUCAUGUUAUUAUUGUAUUUUAUGCAUAGGCAAGUGGCAUAAAUUUUUGUGUUUUCUUGUUUUUAUUUAUAUUUUCAAAUAACUGUAUCUACUUUUGAUUACUUCGUUUAUGUAUAUGUAUUGACACAUACUUGUAUGAACAUGUAUCAUUUAAGGUAUCAAUUCGAUUAUUACUUUUUGUGUAUGUGAUGGAUAUUUGUGAUAUUUUGCCAAGUUUUCUUUGGUUAUUUUUGUUUAUGAAUUUUUAUUAAAUAUUAUUUAGUUACUAA